UCCUCCGUUUCAUCCCAUCUUCUUAAAAAUAGGUAAAAUGGGUAAAGGAAAACCCAGAGGAUUGCAAAGCGCUCGUAAACUACGUACACACCGUCGUGUAGAACGAUGGGCUGAUAAAGCAUAUAAGAAGAGAGCAUUAGGUACCGCUUACAAAUCUUCACCAUUUGGCGGUGCCUCUCAUGCAAAAGGCAUUGUACUUGAAAAAAUUGGCGUGGAAGCCAAGCAACCAAAUUCUGCUAUUCGCAAGUGUGUUAGAGUUCAAUUAAUUAAGAAUGGAAAGAAAGUUACGGCUUUCGUUCCUAAUGAUGGUUGUUUAAAUUACGUAGAUGAAAAUGAUGAAGUUCUGCUUGCGGGAUUUGGUCGUAAAGGUCGCGCCAUUGGUGAUAUUCCUGGAGUUCGUUUCAAAGUGGUCAAAGUCUCGGGUGUAUCACUCCUUGCUCUAUACAAGGAAAAGAAAGAAAAACCUCGGUCUUAAAACAGUCUUUUCAAUUUAAUGUCUAUUAUUUAAUUUUGCAGGUGCUUUAAUUUUGAUUAGCUAAUCAAUAGAUUUAUUGUAAGCUUCUGAGGUUGGACUAUAUGUUAUAAGAUAAUUUGAGAAAUCAUUUGCAAAAAUAAAAAAAUCUUCACCCAAAAAAGUGUUUUUUGUAAACAUAUUGAU